AUGGCGACUGAAGGAAUUUCGAUUGGGGGUACCCCAGAGCGAUUCUACUCCAACACCAUCAACACACCUGUGGUCAACCCUUCCUCAAAAGAGACCCAAGAGAGUCUCAAGAGGUCCUUCCAAAAGUAUCUUGCUUCUGAGCAGACCUCUUCUGGACCGCUCUUCAUUCCAAGCAAGCACCUAGCUUACGAGGAACCAACGUACAUCCACACCAUGGAGGAUAUUGGAUACUCCGCCAACAACGGCGUCUCUCCGAUGGCUGUCUCAGAGCCUUUCCGACUCUUUAGUGAAGAAGCCGUCGACGUUAUGAGAGACGAGAUUUUUAACGUGGAGGCCGGAGAUGAGUAUACUUAUGCCUCGAACAUCGCUCCGAAGCAGCUUCGAGGCUAUGCUCCUCGCCAUGGCAAGUUUACGUUCAACGCUUGGAAGCACCCGGACACACUGGCCAUUAUCUCCAAGAUCGCUGGCAUUGAAGUUGUUCCUGUCAUAGACUACGAGAUAGCCCACAUCAACCUUUCGGUGCCGGGAAAUAAGAAUGAGUUGAGUGGACCCGCAAAUGACGACGAUGAUGCUAUUGUCGGAUGGCAUAGGGAUAGCUAUCCUUUUGUCUGUGUCUUGAUGAUGAGCGAUACCACCAACAUGGUCGGAGGUGAGACUGCAUUGAAGACAGGCACAGGAGAUAUUAGAAAAGUUCGCGGUCCAUCUAAGGGCUGUGCCGUUGUUUUGCAAGGCCGAUACAUAGAUCACCAAGCCUUGAAGGCGUUUGGUGGUCAGGAGCGCAUCACCGCGGUCACUUCCUUCAGACCAAGAAAUCCCCACGUUCGAGAUGAUACUGUUUUGAACACCGUCCGACCUAUCUCGAACCUGCCAGAUCUCUACAACCAAGUCAUGGAGUACCAGCUUGAGAAUGCAGAGGCCAGAAUUCGCGGUAUGCUGAAGGACGUUCGUGAUUCUAUGAAAGCUGGCACCACGGAUGUCAAGGCUAUCAAACACUUUCUGGACUUUGAGAUCAAGGCAUUGCAGGCCGUGGACGCUGAGAUUGUCGAGGAGUCCAUGGUGGUCAAAGGACAUUUGCCACCAGUCUGCGAGUCCGCUAAACGCAGGAAAUCGGAAUAG